CAGACGGGGCGGCGGGCCUGGCCGAGGAAGAAGAGUCCCGUGUGGGGCACAGCGAGCCGUCAGCAUGGCCGGUGGUCAUGAGCCAUACAUCGAAAUAUAUGAGCAGCCUAGACAGAGAGGCAUGCGUUUCCGUUACCAGUGUGAAGGGCGAUCAGCCGGCAGCAUUCCAGGUGAACACAGUACCGAUAUCAACCGGACUUUCCCAUCUAUACAGAUUUUUAACUACUUUGGGAAAUUAAAAGUUAGAGUAACAUUGGUAACCAAGAAUGAGCCCUACAGGCCUCAUCCCCACCGGCUGGUUGGAAAAGACUGCGAACAUGGCUACUAUGAAGCUGAAUUUGGGCCAGAGCGCAGAGUCUUGAGCUUUCAGAACCUGGGUAUACAAUGUGUGAAGAAAAGAGAGUUAAAAGAAUCCAUCACCUCCCGGAUCACCAAUAAUAUCAACCCUUUCAGCGUCUCCCAAGAGCAGCUGAUGGCUAUUGAAGAAUAUGACCUCAAUGUGGUGAGGCUCUGCUUUCAAGUUUUCCUCCCUAAUGAACAUGGCGAUUUCAUGCUAGCUCUUCCUCCAGUCAUCUCAAACCCUAUUUAUGACAAUAGAGCGCCAAAUUCAGCAGAACUGAGAAUCUGCCGUGUGAACAAGAAUUGCGGAACUGUGAAAGGAGGCGAUGAAAUUUUUCUUCUGUGUGACAAAGUUCAGAAAGAUGAUAUAGAAGUCAGAUUUUCCAUUAAUGAAUGGGAAGCCAAGGGAAUCUUCUCACAAGCUGAUGUGCACCGCCAAGUAGCCAUUGUCUUCAGGACUCCUCCCUUUUACAAAGACAUCACCGAGCCGAUGACUGUGAAGAUGCAAUUGCGGAGACCUUCUGAUCAAGAAGUCAGUGACCCGAUGGAUUUCAGAUACCUGCCAGAGGAAAAAGAUCCUUAUGGUAAUAAAGCAAAAAGACAGAGAUCAACAAUAACUUUACAAAAGCUUAUACAAGAUUGUGACCCAAGUGUGUAUGAGAGGCCUAAACCUGCUGCACUCCAGACUGCUGAAGGAAAGAUAAUUAAGAAAGAACUGAAUAUGUAUCAGCCCCAAAUGGAAUCGGUGGUCCCACUGCAGAGAGCACCUGCGAGCAGAGCUCCAGUACCAUCAUACUAUUCCCGCCCCAUAAGCAAUUCGAAUGAGUGCCCAGGCCCAUCUGUGCACAUGACAGGGUCCUUCAAGCAGGACACAGCUCUGUCCCCAUGCUGGCAUUCUUCCUCUUUGAUUCAGCAAGCCAACUUGAUGGUGGAUGCCUUGAAUCCUAGCAUGCAGAAUGGCAGCACAGUAUCAGUAGGGCAGGAAAAUGGCCGGAACUGGUCCAAUCAAACAGAUGUCUACAGAGGAUACUUUGAUGCAACAAAUAACCAAGGGCCAUCGUCAUCGGUUUCCUCACAAGAUAGUUUGAAUGCCCCUGGAGUUGUUGCUAGCCAACCUAUUCAACACGUGAAUGCUCCAAUCUCCAAUGGUGUCAACAUGGAGGUGGAUUCUAGAUGUUCAAGCGUCACUUUGGAGUCCCUCGUUCAAGUUUUAAAUCCAAGCAAUCACAGGAGACUAGGCCAGUCAGCUCCACAUGCCAGUACAUCCGUAGCUGCUCCUUGUAAUACAUCUUUGAGUUCUAUGUCCAAUGAAUUUGAAUCGAAUUCUUUCCACUUCUUGGACUGCCUCAAUGAAUCAAGCCUGCCUAGCAACCCCAAUCUUCAGAACCAAAUAAAUGCUCCUAGUAACCAAUAUUUCAGUCCAUACAUGGGCCAAGAAGAGCUCCUUAACUCCUUUAGAGACCAUUUUGAUGACAUGAUUUAAAACUUAAGGAAUUCAGGUUGCCAGUGAUUUAUCUCAGUAAGAGAAUUAAUUUUUUCACGUGAGUGCUGUGACGAUGUAAUUGACCUUUGCUUUCCAGUAUCUGUUUUAAAAAAGAAAAUUCUUUUUAGGAUUAUACACUGAGGAAGAAAUUGAGUAGAGGAGUGACA